AUGGCCAAGAUAAUCUCGACGAUCAAGGCCAUCCUUACGAGGAUCAUCUUUAGUGCCCACAGUUUGUUGGCCAUUUGGCAAGUGGUCGCCUUGAAGAGUGAUAUUAUCUACUGGGCACUAUGUGGACCACUCUUGUUGCUGCUGCUCGAGGGCAUCUUCACCAUCAUGAUCAAGAAGGCGCAGGAGUGGCGCUGGUUCUGCCCCUCGGUGUUCCUCUAUCUGAGCAGCAUUGUGCCGGCGAUUUGGCUCCUGGAGCUGGACAAGGUGGCUCGACGAAAAGUCAACAUGACAGUGGCCAAUUUAACUUUUCCCAAUCCGAGCAACUUCAGCGUUUCCGCCAGUAAUGUGACUAGCUUGAGCUCCGGUUCGAGUAACAGCAGCGGCGUUCCUCCGGUGGCGACCCUGCUGGGCCAAGCCGGGGUAACCCUCUCGGUGACCCCGGACACCUGGACAACCCUCAUCGAGCAGUUCCUCAUGCUCAUCCUGAUCGUGGGCCGCUGGCUGCUGCCCAAGGGAGAUCUAACCCGGGAUCAGCUCAGUCAACUGCUUCUGGUCUACAUUGGCACGGCGGCGGACAUCAUUGAGUUCUUCGAUUCGUACAAGGAUGACUCUAUUGCAAGGAUCAACUUUCUGGUUUUCCUUACGCUAGGGAUUUGGUCCUGGAGCCUCAUGCAGUUCACAAUUGUGCUAUCCGCCACCCGAGGACGACGACCACGGGGCAGUGGAUCACAUCACAAGGAGGAACACACUGAUUGUUGCCAAAACUGCUGCUGUGGUAUUGAUGUCUGGGGAAUUGUACUCAAUGUGAUACUUCAGGAUGCCCCAUUCCUUACCUUUCGGUUGCUAAUCAUCUUCCAGUACAAAAUUAUUAACUACAUGAAUGUCUUUUUCACCUGCAAGAACUCCUUGGUGAUAAUCCUGCAACUGUAUAGACUAUAUGUGGUGAAUGCCGAGUUUUGGAAGAAUCGUCGUGAGAGUCGGAUGGCCAAGGCCCGUCAGUUUCAAUCACGUCGUAAAGUGCAGGAUACUGAUCAAAACAGUAUAUACAUGAUAUCCAAUGAACGAGGUGGCGACGUCAAAAAGAAGAUCAGAAAGGCCAAGGACAAGGACUAUGCAGAGCACGAGGCGGCGUUUAGCAAGAAGAAAAAGGAUAAGAAGGACAAGAAGAAGCGCAAGCGCAAGGACACUGGCUACUCCACGGCCAGUUCGCAGAACCUGUACUCCACCAAGGCGAGUGGAACGGAAAAGGAGACCCGGCGCAAGGACAAGAAGGGCAAGAAGUCGAAGCGCACCUGCAGCAGUUCGCCCAGCGAUUGCGAUUUGGCCAAGAAGCAGAAGCGUGGCAAGAACGCUGAUAAAAACGAUAAGAAGAAAUCCCGCAAGAUCGAGGCAGUUGUGGAGGAGUCGAGCAGUUCGAGUAGCAGCAGUUCCGAUUCAAGUAACUCCACAUUGCCCAGUUACGAGGUUAUUGACGAGAAGAAAGCCAGGCGCAGAAAGCGCCGUGGAAGUAGUAGCGACACCAGUUCCGGGGAUAGCAGCUCCUCCAGCUCCUCAUCCUCCAGCUCGGACUCGUCGUGAAAAUUACACUUUUUUGGAACUAACG